AUGGCGUCACGCCCAUAUUCUCAAUCCGAUUUGCCUUCUUUCAAAUGUAACUUUCCAGGAUGCAAAGCUACCUACCAACGGAAAGAGCACUUGAAUAGACACAUGGCACUUCAUGACCGAGGAGACCGCUUUCAAUGUCCCUACUGUGAUACGAUCUUUUACGUCGACAUGUUCGGAACUACCACCCAGGGAGAGAGCCGCCGGUUGCGCGGGUGCAAAAAGCCUGUAGAGCUUGCAAUGCGAGAAAAGUACGCUGCGAUUCUGAAUCUCCCUGCAAGCGAUGUCAAAAAAGGGGGAUUAACUCACCAGGAGACGAUUCAUGACAAGCCCACAGUCCAACCUGAAGAGACUGAAUUCAUCAGCACGAACUUGGUAGGCUCGGUACCUGGAAUAACUCGCUGGGUCGGUCAAGACUUCAUUGAUAUCUAUUUUCGCGACUUCCAUCCCAAUUGGCCGUUUUUGCAUCCUGGGACAAUCGACAUCCCGAACGAACCGUGUGUGCUUCUCCAAUCUAUGGUGAUGAUUGGGUUGUGGAUCAAAGGCGACGAGGAAUCACGAAAUAAGGCGAUGUCUUUCCAUCUCAAACUACUUGCUUCGAUUGAAGCUCAAAGAUCACAGUGGUGUAUUUCGAAAUCUACUAGUACGCCACACCAGGACAAGGAAACAACACCCUGGCCCAUGGCAACCUACCAAGCUAUUCUUUUACAGCUUAUAUUUGCUGUUUUUGUGGCUAAAAAGGAGGCCGCUUUUGACCUCGGCCUCCGUUUUCAAAUACCGGCGCAAAAAUACGAAUUACUCUCAUCGCUCGUGGAGACAUGCCGGCGGGCCGGCCUGUUUCACAAUCCCAAUAUGCUCUUGCGACAUCAUACUUCUGCACCGCCUGUACUUCUCUGGGUGAGUGUGCAGGAAAUAAAGCGUUUCGGACUCGCUCUUUAUAAGCUGUGCAGACUUUGCUCUCGUGACGGGGGCGGCACUAUUGAAAAAGGUGGUAGUGUCUUGAAAAGCAACCUGUUAAAUUUGACGGACAUGGAUUUUUGCAUGCCGGAUAGCGACGAAAUCUGGAAUGCACCGAAGACUGGAUUCAUCCGACUCACUGAUUUACAACAACCAUCUAGGGAUAAUCGAGAUUCGGGAGAAUGGAUAUCCAAGACCUCGGGACAGCUGUAUGAUAAUCGUGUCGCUUUUGACUGGAUAUAA